CGCUAGACUGUCCGCUGUUUGCAUUCUGCUGUUUAUUUAAGAAUAAUUGGAAGUCCAGUAAGAGUGGUGGAAAGUGCAUUCCUCCGUUUGUUCCUCAUGUUUUAUCCUCCUUCCAGACGUAUGCCUUUUGCAUAAAUUUAUUUGGGAAAUUUGGGUGUCCUGAAAGCCAAUCCGAGAGAACACAGGCGUCCACUGUAUUAUUCCGGGGCGCGAGAGGCAUGGUUUACUCUGAAACCGUGUUGUGUGCAGGCGUCUACAGUCCCCAGUUCCUGACGGGUCCCCCACCGAGGGUGCAGCCUGAGCUCCUGUUACACACUAAUUGGACGGACUGAAAACACCCAGGACAGCAUAUGUGGAGAGAACUAUAAAAGCUUCCCAAGAGUCCAACUGGAACCAAACAGGAAACCACUGACCCACAGCAUUACUGUUGAAUCGCCACCUCCAUUUUGCCUAACAACGAGUGACACAGAUAAGGAGUAAACAUGAACGGACUUUGACAACUACUCCCUGCAUCCACAUUGUUCCUCUCGAAAGGGAAAGAGCACUCCUUCCAUCUGCAAGAUUAACCUUUGACCUCUUUCACUCUUGCAUCACCGUUUUUCCACUUAAAAUACUCUGUGCUGUGCCCUGAUACAGAUUAAUGGUGCUUCUCUGCGCUGCAUGACUUCUAGUUCCUGUGCUUUGAUCGAGAAGAGGGAGUUUUGACUGCAAGGCCUUCCCUUUUAUUUAUUUAUUUAUUUUCUUAUUUAUGAUUUUUUAAUAUAUUUUUUUCCACUGCUGCUGAAAUCAUGGGAGGGACAGGCUACGGGUUCUACCGCGUCACCAUCUUCCUGGCCAUGUUCGUGGGCUACACCCUGUACUACUUCAACAGGAAGACCUUCUCCUUCGUAAUGCCCUCGGUGAUGGAGGAAAUCGAGCUCGACAAGGACGACUUGGGCCUCAUCACCAGCAGCCAGACUGCAGCGUACGCCAUCAGCAAGUUCAUCAGCGGCGUGCUGUCGGACCAGAUGAGCGCCCGCUGGCUGUUCUCCAUCGGCCUGUUCUCCGUGGGCGCCGUCAACGUGCUGUUCUCCUGGUCCUCCACGGUGCCCAUGUUCGCAGGGCUGUGGUUCCUGAACGGCCUGGGCCAGGGGCUGGGGUGGCCCCCCUGCGGGAAGGUGCUCCGCAAGUGGUACGAGCCGUCGCAGUUCGGAACGUGGUGGGCCGUGCUGUCCUGCAGCAUGAACCUGGCGGGGGGGCUGGGCCCCAUCGUCGCCGCGGUGAUGGCGCACAGCUACAGCUGGAGGACCACGCUGUCCUGUUCCGGAAUGAUCUGCAUGGCCAUCUCCGCGCUCUGCCUGCUCUUCAUCCGGAACGAGCCCUCCGACGUGGGCCUGCCCAACAUCCAGCCCGCGGCCAAGAAGGGCAAAGGAGGCUCCAGUACGGAGAGCACCCUGAAAGAGUUCCUCCUGUCCCCCUACCUGUGGCUCCUCUCCAUGGCCUUCCUGAUGGUGUUCGGCGUGAAGACAGCCUGCACAGACUGGGGCCAGCUCUACCUCAUCCAGGAGAAGGGCCAGUCUGUUCUCAUAGGCAGCUCCUACAUGAGUGCCCUGGAGGUGGGGGGGCUGGUGGGUAGCAUCGCCGCGGGAUACCUGUCUGACAAGGCCGUCGCCAGGCAAGGUCUGCGUACCUACGGCAACCCCCGCCACGGCCUCCUGAUCUCCAUGAUGGUUGGGAUGUUUGUGUCCAUGUACCUCUUCCGGGUCACCGUCUCCCCUGACCCCAAGGAUGUUCCCGUUUGGAUGGAGGCCCUUCACCCUGUCUCUGUCCUCACAGGCUUAUCGGAACAAGAGAUCUGGAUUCUCUCUCUGGGGGCUCUUUUUGGAUUCUCCUCCUGUGGACCAAUCGCAUUGAUCGGUGUGAUAGCCAGUGAGAGCGCGCCCUCAAACUACUGUGGGACAUCCCACGCGAUCGUUGCUCUGAUGGCCAACGUUGGCGGCUUCCUCGCGGGGUUGCCGUUCAGCACCAUCGCCAAGCACUACAGCUGGGACAUGGCAUUCUGGGUAGCAGAGGUGAUCUGCGCCGUGACGACCGUCGGCUACUUCCUGCUCCGGAACAUCCGCACCAAAAUGGGGUCCGUGCCCAAGAAGGUGGACUGAGCCCCAGACCACAUGAUUCUCCUCUGCCACGGACACACCACACUGGCACAGCCAAUCAACUGCACAAGUUGUCUCCGGGGGGGCAAGUGGGUUCUACAAUCACCCAAUCAGAUUUCUGUAAAUACAACACUGAAGUAUAUUGGAGAGUGCUCACACUGUUUCAAUUGUAACGCUUCACCAGUUUCUUAUUUUUGGCAAUAACUUUUAAACCGUGAUGCAUAAAAGCUGGUGAGGCUUUGCAGAAGACAAGUGAAAAAAGCUUUUAUUGUGCGCAUAUUCUCUCUAAACAGCCAUAGACGUGUAAUAGACUUUCAAAUUAUCUAUGGAGUGAAAUAAUAACAGCGAUGAAAGUUGUAAUAGCUAUGAUGCCUAAUGUGAAGAUGUAAAUAGUGUCCAUUAGUGCGUAAUACUGAACAUAAACAACGUUCCACAAUUUUCAGCGCUGUCAGUUAUACACAGAAUAUGAAAUCACUCUUGAAGCGUAGCCUGAUAUCUUUAGUAUGAUACUGUAACUUGAGAACUGUGAACACAAGGUAAAAACAACAGGACUCAGGUUAUGGAGUUUGAGCCUAAGUGACUGAAGGGUCAGUCAUAAUGCUACACAGUCCCUUCAUAGGGUCUGUAUUUAAUAUUAGUUGUGUUUUAGACUUACUGCACACUAUCUACCUGUGGAGAGCACAGCUACUCUGUGCAAGGUGAUGUCAAUUUCAUACACUGGAGAGACGUUCUCGAAUGUUAUUUAAUUCUUAAAUACUGUAUACCUAUUGACAGUCCACUUGACAGUAGUUUCAUUAAUAAUCAUUACAUGGACAUAAUCCUCAUUCGAUGUGCAUACUUGACUGUUUAUAAAUGUAUUCACCAGCAGUAAAUAUACAUUAUACUACAGAUUACAUUUCAGCUAUAAAGGAGGGAAGAGAAAAGUUGAACUGAGUUUACAUUAUUGAGGUUUACGUUAUGCUGAAAUACAGUGGUAUUUUACCUUUAAAUGUGAACGUUUAGAGGGCUUUCAUUUAUUUAUGUGUAAAUCUCAUCUCUGUAAAUGAUGGUGACACUGCAGAGGAAUUCAGUCUAACCCAGGAGUGUCAAAGGCUGUCACCACCAUUUUGUUUUUAAUGAGUAAUGAAAAUAACUUUAAUUUGUGCAUUUCAGCUAGUCGAUAUUAACCGAAAAAGUUAUUUUAAAACACAAUUAAUUAAUUAUUGCCUUGUUUCAUCAUUGAAGAUUUGGGGAACCUUAAAAAAUGGUACUGUAGAUUGUAUCCCACUGCAAUUUCAAAAUUACCCUUUUGUGAUAUUUCAGCCAGUACAUUUUUUAUUGUGGUUGUUCAUUUUCUUCAAAAUAUAAUUUUCAUGAAUGAUAUGAGGAAUGCAAAGCCAAUAUUGUAAUGUGAUUUGUAAAUGUAUUCAUUGCCAGAACAUGUCCAUGUAUUGCACAUUUAUCCAUUUAUACAAACAUUCAUAAGUUGUGAAACCAGUUGUCAAUCAUCACACUACUAAGUCAUUAAAGGUGGCAUCUCCUGAUGCUAUAUGGCUUUGUUCGAAUCUCUAUAGAUGGAACUGUGAAUGAAUAAGUAUUAUUUAUGUUUUUUGGGGCACUAAAACAGUUAUAUAACACCAUUACAAAAAAAUACAAUAAAUUAUUUUUCUUUGCA